AUGGCGUCUAGUCAGUGGACGAGGUCGGAGGAUAAGAUGUUCGAGCAAGCUUUGGUGCUUUUCCCUGAAGGAUCUCCAAGCCGGUGGGAGAGAAUCGCCGAUCAGCUCCAGAAAACGGCUGGUGAAGUUAGAGAGCAUUACGAGGCUUUGGUGCACGACGUCUUCGAGAUCGACUCCGGCCGUGUUGAUGUCCCUGAUUACAUGGAUGACUUGGCGGCGGCGGGUUGGGACUCGGCUGGUCAGAUCUCCUUCGGGUCUAAGCACGGCGAGAGCGAACGGAAAAGAGGCACUCCUUGGACGGAAAACGAACACAAAUUGUUUCUGAUCGGAUUGAAGAGAUAUGGUAAAGGAGAUUGGAGGAGCAUAUCGAGGAACGUGGUGGUGACGAGGACACCGACACAAGUUGCGAGUCACGCACAAAAGUACUUCCUCAGACAGAACUCGGUGAAGAAAGAGAGGAAAAGGUCGAGCAUCCACGACAUAACCACGGUGGACACUAAUUUAGCCAUGCCUGGGUCCAACAUGGACUGGAUUGGGCAGCACGGGAGUCCUGUUCAGGCACCGCAGCAGCAGCAACAGAUUGUGUCAGAGUUUGGUCAGCAAUUGACUCCGGCUCAUUUUGAGGACUUCGGUUUCCGGAUGUGA